GAGCAAUGGAAGCUCCACUGGUACCAUGGAGCAUAUUGGCGGUGAAGAUUUAUACAUCGCCUACCCUCCCCACCACAACAACAACAACAAUAGCAGUACAACUCCACCAUCAGCAAUCCUCUACCUCACCGACAUCUUCGGCCUCCAACUCAUCAACAACCGCCUCCUCGCCGACGCCCUCUCCAAAGCCGGCUACCUCGUCGUUCUGCCAGAUUUAUUCCGAGGAGAUCCCGUCCCCGCCGACGCCCUCUCCGACCCUUCUUCCAACUUCAACAUGACCGCCUGGAGAGCCCGCCAUCCUCAAUCUCAAGUCGAAGCCAUCAUUACCUCUGCUCUCAAUACUACGCGGCAACAUUUUGGAGCCACGAAGGUUGGAGGCGUGGGAUAUUGUUUUGGUGGGAAAUAUAUCGCUCGUUUCCUUUCUGUUUCUUCUGCAGAAAAAGAAGAAGACGGGUUAAAUGCCGGUUUCACAGCCCAUCCCUCAGGUACUCUCCCCUCGGAAUGGGAAGCCAUCUCUCCCACUCGCCCCAUCAGUAUCGCAUUUGGAGAAUUCGACGCCUCGAAUACCGCAGCCAAUCGCACGGAAAUCGAAGACAUUUUUUCCCGAGGAAAUAAAACUUUUCAGACGACCUUGUAUGCGCGUGCCGAACAUGGAUUUGCUGUUAGGACGAAUUUGUCGGAUCCGAGGUUGGCGUUUGCGCAGGAAAGUGCGUAUUUGCAGGCUGUGAGGUGGUUGGAUGCUUGGUUGGGUGAUAGUUAGUUGCCAGGUGAGGUGGGUGAGGUAGAUAGAUAGAUACCUUAUUGUUGAUGAUGAUGAGAUGAAUGAUGGGAUGGGAUGGAUGAUCAUGAUUCACAAGGAUGAAAUAACAAAUUUUUU